AUGUCUUCGACCGCGAUAGUCCCAUCCUCCCAAACGCUCACCCAGACCGCGGCUGGCCAGACGAGAUCUUCGCCGCUCUCAGCGAAUUUGCAGACUCUUAAGAUCACACCGAAGAAAAAUGCUCCUCCUGCGCCGACGACACCCACAAGAAUGCCAGGACAUGCUGGCUGGAUACACCCGCGCAUGGACGAGGUCCUGCGGCGGCGCAACGCGACCGACUUCGACGGCAGCAAUGUGAAGACAAUCAUCAUCAGCUCACUCAUCAUUCUGACAUCGAUGUUCGUGCCGAAUCUUCUGCGCGAAAUGUACGUGUGCUUACAGCCGGACUUUGAGACCACGACUGACACCCCCAACCCAGACUACCAACACCUUGGCUGCACGCCAUCUACCCGUGGCCAAUGUAUGCUCUUUGGGCAAUUCGCCUCCUUUUUCUCGCCUUUAUCGGAGUCGCGGCCGCACCGCUGUUACGGACACCAGACGCCUGCGAAGACAUCCCGCUUACACCUCAGCAACGAAAGCUGUUAGGCCUGCCGCCCAUGUCACGACCAGCUACACCGCAAGAGCAGGAGCAGUACGUUACGCCACCCCGGUUUUCACGAUCCAACACUCCGCGCUCCUCGUCGAGUAGCAUUCGCGCCGAAGUCAGCGGUUCGCCUCUAAGCGGACGUGGCACACCCAUGGAGAGCGCAUCUUUCUUGCGGUCGGGAUCUGGAUCGCCGUUUGGAUCUGCCCAACGACCAACGAGCGUUAAUCAGUCGCCUCAGUACUCGGCUUUGCGAAGUGGAGGCGAAAGGAGGAGGCUGAGCUACACUUCGGACCGCAGCUCACCUCUGAGCGAGAGCUUGUUCGAUACCUCGGGCAGCACAAGCACACCGACAAAGAGUAACAAGACUAGUCUCGGCUUGAACAACAAGUGGCUGUAUGAGAAGGGAAGAGGGACCCCGAGAAGUCCUGCGAAUACCAGUCGGAGCUCUUUGUUUACAUGA